AUGAAGCAAACACGGAAGAAUUGCACGACUGGCGAUCCCUUACCGAAGUGGAAAUUUAUUCUAUUGUUGAACGUUCAUGGGAUUAUCACAAUCAUUGCUUUGCUCGGGAGUUAUUUCGUGCUUAGAGCGUUUCACAAAUUUCGGAACCUGCGAACUGCCUCCAACAACAUUCUGGUGAGUUUGUCUAUCGCCGACGGCUUACUAGCGAUUCCCUUGAUUCUUGAUAUCAUUCAGUUAUCCCUUAAAUGUACUUGUGGGAAUCCUCCAUGUAUUCUUAAACCAGUAGGCGGAACUAUCACCUUGUUCCUCCUUUCGGUCAUUGUUCUUCAUCUCAGCUUAAUGAGUUCAGAACGUUUCAUCGCCAUCAAGUUCGCUUUAAGAUACCAGGCCAUAGUGACCAAACGUCGAGCACGAAUUGUUUCCAUCGUGAUGUGGCUAUGGGCUCUGGUCGUUAUUGUGGCUGUCCCAAAGGUGCUUCAGAGAGCAACAGGCGAAGAACUAGGCAAAGAUUGCAGAGUGUACAUCAAAUCUUUCCAAGCUGUGUCAAUGUUUCUUGUCCCCCUGUUGAUCAUUUUAUGCUCGUACACCUACAUCUUCAUAGUGUCUUACAAGCAGAGACAACUUGUCAGAGAACAAGGCUGUGACAUUCCAGGAAUGCCCACUGUCAAGUAUCACAUGAAAGGUGCCCGCACUGUGGCUAUUGUUGUAGCGCUGUGUCUACUCAGUGUCAUCCCUAUGCUGGCUGUGACUUUCCUCCAAGUCUUCUUCCGCGAAUUACUCGAAGACUGCUGCGAUCGAAAGCUACUGAAGCAAAUCUUUUACGACGUGGCCAUGUUUGUGAAUGCCAUAUGCAACCCUCUCAUCUACGGAUGGAAAAAUGAGGAAUUUAGAAACGCCUUUCGUAAGAUGCUGAAAUGCUGCUAA